UAUAUAAGUGGGAGGGAGGGCGCGCAUCUCGUUCAGUCCCGUCGCCGGAGGUGCAGUGCGGUUCCUGUAGAGGAGGACUCGAAAUAAACGGCAACAUGGGAUACGGGGCCGGACGCGAUAAGUAUGAGCCCGCCGCCACAUCCGAACAUGAGAGCAAGAAGCAGAAGAAGGCGAAACGGAAGGAGAAGGACAUGGACGAGCUGAAGAAGGAAGUCUCCAUGGAAGACCACAAGCUGAGCAUGGAGGAAUUGAACCGCAAGUACGGCACGGAUCUGACACGGGGUCACACCACUGCCCGGGCAGCCGAGAUCCUGGCAAGAGAUGGUCCAAACGCCCUCACCCCUCCUCCUACCACUCCGGAAUGGGUAAAGUUUUGCCGUCAGCUCUUUGGAGGCUUCUCUAUGCUGCUGUGGAUCGGGGCCAUCCUCUGUUUCCUUGCGUACGGUAUCCUGGCAGCCACUGAAGAGGAACCGCAGAACGAUAAUCUCUACCUCGGUGUUGUCUUGUCAGCUGUCGUCAUCAUCACUGGCUGUUUCUCCUACUACCAAGAAGCAAAGAGCUCCAGGAUCAUGGAGUCCUUCAAGAACAUGGUGCCCCAGCAAGCCUUGGUGAUCCGAAGCGGUGAGAAGUUGAGCAUUAACGCAGAAGAAGUUGUCCUUGGAGAUCUGGUGGAGGUGAAAGGUGGAGACCGGAUCCCAGCGGAUCUCAGGAUCAUCUCUGCUCACGGUUGUAAGGUGGACAACUCUUCCCUUACCGGAGAGUCCGAGCCCCAAACCCGAUCUCCCGACUUCACCAAUGAAAACCCUCUUGAGACCCGUAACAUCGCCUUCUUCUCCACCAAUUGCGUGGAAGGCACUGCCCGUGGUAUCGUUGUCAACACCGGUGACCGCACUGUCAUGGGACGUAUCGCCACUCUUGCCUCCGGUCUGGAAGGUGGCCGCACCCCUAUCGCCGUUGAAAUCGAGCAUUUCAUCCAUAUCAUCACCGGUGUAGCCGUCUUCCUGGGCGUCAGCUUCUUCAUCCUGUCGCUCAUCCUGCAGUACAGCUGGCUGGAGGCCGUUAUCUUCCUCAUCGGUAUCAUUGUAGCCAACGUGCCUGAAGGGCUGCUGGCCACCGUCACGGUGUGCCUUACACUCACCGCUAAGCGCAUGGCCCGCAAAAACUGCCUGGUUAAGAACUUGGAGGCUGUGGAAACUCUGGGAUCUACCUCCACCAUCUGUUCAGACAAGACCGGAACCCUCACCCAGAACCGGAUGACCGUGGCACACAUGUGGUUCGACAACCAGAUCCACGAGGCCGACACCACAGAGAAUCAGAGCGGUGCCUCCUUCGACAAAAGCUCUCCAACCUGGACCGCACUGUCCCGUGUCGCUGGGCUGUGUAACAGAGCUGUGUUCCAGGCUGGUCAGGAGAACACUCCUAUUCUGAAGAGAGACGUGGCCGGUGACGCCUCGGAAUCGGCUCUGCUGAAAUGCAUCGAGCUGUGCUGCGGCUCCGUGAGGGACAUGAGAGAAAAGAACACCAAAGUGGCCGAAAUCCCCUUCAACUCCACCAAUAAGUAUCAGCUGUCUGUACACAAGAAUGCCAAUCCUAGCGAAUCUCGUUACUUGCUGGUCAUGAAGGGCGCCCCUGAGAGGAUCCUGGACCGAUGCACCACCAUUUUGCAGCAGGGCAAAGAGCAGCCUCUGGAUGAGGAACUGAAAGACUCCUUCCAAAACGCGUACCUGGAGCUGGGCGGCCUGGGUGAAAGAGUGCUCGGCUUCUGUCACUUGGCUUUGUCUGAUGAACAGUUCCCUGAGGGAUUCCAGUUUGAUUCGGAAGAGGUGAACUUCCCCACAGAGAACCUGUGCUUUGUUGGUCUGAUCUCCAUGAUUGAUCCCCCUCGUGCCGCUGUGCCCGACGCUGUGGGCAAAUGCCGAAGUGCUGGCAUCAAGGUUAUCAUGGUCACCGGAGACCACCCUAUCACAGCAAAGGCCAUAGCCAAGGGUGUGGGCAUCAUCUCUGAGGGUAACGAGACUGUGGAGGACAUCGCUGCCAGGCUUAACAUUCCAGUCAACCAAGUGAACCCAAGAGAUGCCAAGGCUUGUGUGAUCCAUGGCUCCGAUCUGAAGGACAUGGCUCCCGAGCAAAUCGAUGACAUUCUGCGACACCACACUGAGAUCGUCUUCGCCAGAACCUCCCCCCAGCAGAAGCUGAUCAUCGUGGAAGGAUGCCAGAGACAGGGCGCCAUUGUAGCUGUGACUGGUGACGGUGUCAAUGACUCUCCCGCCUUGAAGAAAGCCGACAUUGGUAUUGCUAUGGGUAUCUCCGGCUCUGAUGUCUCUAAGCAGGCAGCUGACAUGAUUCUGCUGGAUGACAACUUUGCCUCCAUUGUGACCGGUGUGGAAGAAGGACGUCUGAUCUUUGAUAACCUGAAGAAAUCCAUUGCCUACACCCUGACCAGUAACAUUCCAGAGAUCACACCCUUCCUCAUCUUCAUCAUCGCCAACAUCCCUCUGCCCCUGGGUACCGUCACAAUCCUGUGUAUCGAUCUGGGUACAGACAUGGUCCCAGCUAUCUCCCUGGCUUAUGAACAAGCAGAAAGUGACAUCAUGAAGAGACAGCCCAGGAACCCCAAGACAGACAAGCUGGUGAAUGAGCGGCUCAUCAGUAUGGCAUAUGGACAGAUUGGUAUGAUCCAAGCUCUGGGUGGGUUCUUCACCUACUUUGUCAUCUUGGCGGAGAACGGCUUCCUGCCCUCAACGCUGUUGGGCAUCCGUGUGAACUGGGACGACCGCUGGGUCAACGAUGUAGAAGACAGCUAUGGACAGCAGUGGACCUAUGAGCAGAGGAAGAUUGUGGAGUUCACCUGUCACACGUCAUUCUUCGUCAGUAUUGUGGUUGUCCAGUGGGCUGAUUUGAUCAUCUGUAAGACCAGAAGGAACUCCGUCUUCCAGCAGGGCAUGAAGAACAAGAUCCUGAUCUUUGGACUCUUUGAGGAGACCGCACUGGCCGCCUUCCUGUCCUAUUGUCCCGGUAUGGACGUGGCUCUCCGCAUGUACCCACUAAAACCAACCUGGUGGUUCUGUGCCUUCCCAUACUCCCUGAUCAUCUUUAUCUAUGAUGAAAUCCGUAAACUGAUAAUCAGGCGCAGCCCUGGUGGCUGGGUGGAAAAGGAAUCUUAUUAUUAAACCUACAGGUUUUUGUCCCAUCAUUUCACAACGUCAUCCUCACUCCCCGCCCCCCCCCCGCCCCCCCCCGUCUGCCUGCACCCCCCCCCCCCCCCACUCGUUCCUGCGUGCACCUGUUCGGCUCGGCCUGUUCCCGUUUUUGGAAGACAUGCAUCGAGGGGCGCAGCUUGGUCUGUGUGCGUCCGUACAGAGUUCUCAUUGUGCCUUCUCUGGUUUAGUUUUUGUAAGGGAGCACGACGUCUGAGAGAUGUUUUAUAAAUAUAUUAUAAAUAUAUAUCUGCAUUUUUACAAAUAAAGUUGGGGUUUGAAGAGGU